AUGGGCGCCAGAAAUGUGCCAAACGAGGUGCGAGAGAUCCUCGAUAAAUUCGUGCUUGACAAAGAAAAACUUUUCGAGAUAUCCGAAAAAAUCGAGCUGCAAAUCAAAGCUGGACUUGCAAAACGUCAUGGUUCCUCAAUUGCAAUGCUUCCUUCAUAUGUUCCAGCACUUCCAGAUGGAUCAGAAACAGGAAAAUAUGUGGCAAUCGAUUUAUCAGGAAAGAAUCUACUGAUAAUGUUGUUAACACUUUCUGGAACCACAAGAGAACCGGUGCAGAAUAAAAUCAAUUAUAUUGUGCCGAAUCAUGUGAUGAAAGGAACAGGAGAUCAGGUGAGAAAUUUUCAUGAAAAUGGUUUGAAAAAAUUCAGAAUGAAAUGCGGUUCACAAUUAAAAUGAAAAAUUGCAGCUUUUUACAUUCAUCGUGAAUUGUCUUCAACGUUUCCUUCAAGAAUUCGAAUUAGUCGAAGCAAAUCUUCCAAUAGGAUUCGUAUUUUCAUAUCCAUGUGAAUUAUUAUCAAUUCGCUCUGCUCGAUUACUUUGGUGGACAAAAGGAUUCGAUAUCAAAGAUUGUCUUCAAAAAGAUGUUGUAAGUCUCCUGGAAGAAGCUCUUGAUAUGAAUAUGUCAACAAAAGCUCAAAUCAAAGCUGUUAUGAAUGAUACUGUAGGACAAUUAGCUGCUGCUGCACAUAGAUAUGGUCCAGAAUGUACUGUAGGUGUUGUAAUUGGUUAUGGUUGUAAUUCAUCGUAUUUGGAAAAAACGGAAAAUAUCACAAAAUUCGAUGCAAAAAGUUUGGGUUAUCCACAUGAUAAAAUGGUUGUUGUAACGGAAUGGGAAGAAUUUGGAAGUCAAGGAGAAUUGGAUGAAAUUUUGACGGAAUUUGAUCGAGAAUUAGAUGCGGCUAGUGUUCAUAAGAGAAAACAAAUGUGAGUUUGAAAAGUUUCUGUCUCAAAAUUUUGAAAAACAAUGCUCAUGUUUUUCAGAAUCGAUAAGCUAACGGGUGCUUUAUAUUUGGGUGAACUUGUUCGACGAAUUUUAUCACAACUGGUAUUAGAUCGGGUUUUGUUUGAAGGACAUCCUUGUGAAAAAUUAGACGAAAUCGACUCAUUUCCAACCAAAUAUAUUUCCGAAAUCUUGGCGUGAGUUUUUUAAAAACUUUUUUCACCAAGGAAAAUAUUGAUUUAAAACAUUCGUAAAUAUUGAGUUGCAAAAUUUUUUUAUUCGUGAAAUAUUUGAAACGUAUUUUCACACGUAAAAAAUUACUGGAAAAUAUCGGUCUGAAAAUCACAGUCCAAAUGUUGAUUUUCAAAAAAAACACCGAAUUUCGUGAAAAAGUGCACAAAUUUUUUCACUAAACAUUUUUGAAGUAAAAAAAUAAUGACUAACAUUUCAAAUAAAAUUUUUUCCAGCGAAGAAGAUGGAAUUUUCAUAAAAUGUCGUCGAAUUUGCGACGAACUCGAUGUUCCAUUGCACGGUUCAACCGAUUAUCGAAUAAUUCGAGCAGUUUGUGAUAUUGUUUCAAGAAGAUCGGCAAGUAUUGUAGCGGCUGCAAUUAGUGCAUUAUUGAGACAUUUGGAAUUAUCGAGUGUGAAAAUUGGAGUUGGCGGUGCUUUGAUACAAUUUCAUCCAACUUAUCAUCAAUUAUUGGAAGAACAAUUGAGCAAUUUGACACCAUUAAAUGUGAAAGUGAGUUGGAUUUUUGGGUAGAAUUGUGAGAAAACAAAUGUUGUUAGGGAAAAAGGAAUUCUAUGUAAAAUUGUAAUGUUUACCUGCUCUUUUAGAUUGAAUAAUUUCGAAACAAUAAAUAUCUCCAAAACGCACAGAAGUAGCGAAAAAAUAGUUUCUGUCAAAUUUCAGCACGGAGAAUUCUGUUCAUAUUAUUAUAAUUACUUUUUUUUCAGUGGCAAUUGGUUCCAGCAGACGAAGGAAGUGCACAAGGAGCCGCAUUGAUAGCAGCAGUUGCUGAAAAACUUAAUUUAUAA